UCAAAAAGUCGUCGAAGAAAAAUUUCAAUAAGAAGUAUUUUUGCUACAAGUUUCGUUUUUAUUUUAUUAUUUUCAAUACAAAAUAAAGAAAAAAUAUAAAUUUAUUCUUCUUCUCGGUUGAUCGUGCGCGGUAUUUGUUGUUUGCUUCGCUUUUGCAAACUAAUGAAAAACUCAAUUAUAAACAAUUCAGAAAAUCAAGUGAAAAAAAAUGUUAAAAUUGUCUUCAAAUAGGACGACAGCAGCUGUGUGAAGAAACUUAAAACCCCCUCAAAUAAAACAAAAAAGAAGAAAAAAAUCUGCUAGCUGCUUCGAGUUCGCGACUACACUCUAGCUAAGCUGCCACCACCGAUUUUCUCAACACAACAAUUUCUUGUCAGAUUUUUAACAACAAAUGCAACGCAUCUUAAAGUAAAAUACAAAAGGCCGCUGUCGUCCUAAAACAAAUACUAUUUCUUCUACUUUAUAACUUCAACUAUUCCUCUUGUCACAUUUUCAAAAAGUUUUCUUUUUAAACCUAAAAAUCUUAAUUUAAAAAAAAUUAAAUCCCUUAAAAAGUUGUGAUCUAAGUGUUAUCGCUUUUAAACAAAUUAUGUUUUUUUGAUCUUAAAAAUAAAACUAAAAUUUUUCAAAACUUCAUAGUGAGAAUAUCAAAUUGUAAUCAAUGUGCUGCUAAACUUAGUGUUCGUGAUAAAAGUAAAUUUAUCAAUAUAUAAAAUAAAUACGUAAACAAAAGAAACAAAAAAAUAAAAAUAAUAAUAUUUAAAAAAAAACUAUUAAAAUAUAUUUAUUAUAAAUAAAAAAGUAUUAUUAUUGCAAAAUGAGUCGCAGUAGCAGAAGGAAUACAUUUACCAGGCCUGGAUUUUCCCUUAGGCGUCUUUUAUUACAAGGAGCACGUGCAGCUCGUGGUAGUCCACGUCUUGGUCAAAGAUCAUGCGAUGUUGAACGUGGUCUUUCUAAAUCAGAGAAGAAAUCUGUUGAAGGUGCAUUCGGAAUGAACGAGAAUAAGAGCAUUCAUGGAGAUAACACAUCUCAACAGUCGUCAACACCACCACCGUACAACAGUGCUUCCAAUUUACAAGGAUCCUCCUCGUCAUCAUCUUCAUCACAACAAAACGCAACAAUCAUCUCACCAUUUAAAGUCGACAAUGGCAAACACUAUUGUCCCAUUUGUUACAUAACAGAAACAUUGGCAAAUCCAUUUUAUAGUCUGGACACUUGUAAGCAUACUGUUUGUCGUGUCUGUCUCGAGCGGUAUUUGAAAAAUGAAAUCAACGAAUCAAGGACUGAUAUAGCUUGCCCUCAAUGUUCAGAGGCAAUGCAUCCAAGUAAUAUUGAAGUCUUGCUUAAAGAUCAUCCCGAAUUCAUAAGUAAAUAUGAAGAUUUUAUGGUUAGAAGAUUUUUAUUAGCAGAUCCAGAUUCAAGAUGGUGUCCAGCACCAGAUUGCAGCUACGCAGUUAUAGCAUCUGGUUGUGCAUCUUGUCCUCGUAUACGUUGCAAACGUCCUGGUUGUGGUGUUAAUUUUUGUUAUCAUUGCAAAGCAGAAUGGCAUCCAGAUCAGACAUGCGAUGCAGCUCGAGCUUCGCGUCAAAGUCCGACUCGUGCACCAUCGGGCAGCAUAAGUCAGGACUCACAGCAUAGAGAUGAUAUAAAGCCGUGUCCACGAUGCCAAGUCCUAAUUGUCAAAAUGGACGAUGGAUCUUGCAAUCACAUGGUGUGUUCAGUUUGUGGAUCGGAAUUCUGUUGGCUGUGUAUGAAAGAAGUCAGUGAUCUUCAUUAUUUGAGUCCAUCGGGUUGUACAUUUUGGGGUAAGAAGCCAUGGUCAAGAAAGAAGAAACUUUUAUGGCAGCUUGGAACGUUAGUUGGCGCUCCUGUUGGGAUAGCUCUUGUUGCUGGCAUUGCAGUUCCCGCUAUGAUUAUUGGAAUUCCCGUUUGGGUUGGAAAGAAACUUCAUGCGAGAUAUAAGACUGCUACAAAACACAAAAGAAAUUGUUCGGUGCUGAUUGGUGUAGCAGCAUCGAUCCUCGUCUCACCAGUUCUAGCUGGUCUCGCAGUCGCCAUUGGUGUUCCAAUUCUCUUAUUUUACGUUUACGGUGUCGUUCCAGUAUCCUUAUGCCGUGCCGGUUGUGGUGUCUCCACCCGUGAUGGCUUCAAAUUUGAUUUCGAUGGUGAGGAAGAAGAAAUCCAAGAAAUUCAAAUGCGCAAUCAAAGUGAUGGGGCAAGUGUUGAUGCUGUCUCAAGAAUUGGAGCUACAAGCAUUGGGGAAGUUAGUUUGAGUGUUGCAAGUGGCAGUCAUAUUGGGGUAUCAAGUCAGACGACGGCUUUUGGUGUAUCGCAUGCAUCGAAUCGUGAGUCGACAACAGCGCUAGCUGGUAGCAUAACCGGUCAUAGGUUAGAAGUUCAAGCCGAUGUAAGUUCAUCGGAAACUGCUUCAGCUGUAACGUGUGUAAGUGAGAAAUCUGGUAAUACGCUGAAUGAUACUGCCUCGACCAAGGCUCUGGCCGGCUCUAUACUUAGUUAUAAACAGCAAAUGGACUCUUCAAAUGUUAGUGAAGAUGGCGUUUCGGAACGAGUACGUUUUGAUAAUACAGUUUGCUAUGUUAUCGAUGGAAAGAGAGACUGUUCAGAUGUUUGGUAUACAGCGCCAUUAGAUCAGGAUCCUGGAGCAGACAAAGCCAGUGUCGGUAGUAGUCGUUCAUUUCGCAGCUCGGAACGUUCAUACCGCGAAGAAGUAGAUCCAAAUAAUUCAGCAUCAACUGGGAAGCGUCUGGCUUUAUUCAAUUCACGACAUGCCAAACUAAAUGCAGCUACACAUCGAACUUUAUCCCUAGACUCAAAUACAGGAUCAAAUAAUAUACCCGAAAAUGUUAGUCUGGAACAACAAGCUGAAGAAGAAGAUAAAGCUGCUUCAUCGGUUCCUGAUAUUUCAACACACAAUAAAACACCCACCAAAACAGCAACUACAACAGCAACUUCUGGUUCCCCUCCCAAAUCCUCAUCCUCCUCUGCAUCCUCUUCCUCAUCCAACACAAAGAACUCAACACGAACAUCGAUUCUUAGAAAUUUGUUCUUUGCUCAAAAAGAUAAUCACAACAAUGCCAAUAUAAAUAAUAAUAAUAAUUGCAACACUAACAACAGAAGCAACAAAUCAAAUAAGGAUCAUGUAGAUGGCGAAAGUAAAGCAUAAAAUUAAAUAAAUAAAUAUUAUAAUAAAUGUAUGAAAUCUAAUGAAGAAAACAAAAAUAUUACAAUUCACACUCUCUCGAGAUACAAACAAAUAAAAAACAAAAUAAACAUGCUUCAGUAGAUGUUGUUGAUGUAAUAAAUAGAUAGAUUUGAAUUCAAUUUUUAUUAUAAAUUAAUAACUAUUGUGUCUAAUCGUUCAGUAAACAUACCUACACUACUAUUAUACUCAAAAAAUGUUCUUCAACACUCUUCUUAAAAACUAUGUAAAACUUUUUCACCUUGAAAUUCUUUAAAAUUUUAAACUUAUUUGUUCUUUAUGUUAUCCAAGUUUUCUUAAAAUUCCUUAUCCAUGGCAUUUUUUUCUUUUGUUAUUGAUUUUUAAUUUACUUUUCGCUUUAAGAUAUUUCUUAAAAUUGUUUUGUUUCUUUUUUAAGCAAAACAAACAUUCUAUGUGCCAAAACUUAAUCAAGAAAAACAUUCAGUUUAAAUUUUUGCAUCCUGCAGAAAGCAACGUUUAAUUUUUUAUUUAAUGUUCUUAAGACUGAAAUUAAAAAAACAAAAAAAAACUUAAAGGUUACCCAUUAUGUGUUGAGUCCCCCAAAAACUAAAUCGACUCUCAGAACGAUGUUAAAACAAAUUUCUUUGUACACCGUUUUUAUUGUUAAAGUUUGUUUAUAUUUUUUUUGAGGAGAAUAAUACAGCUAAAAAUAUUGUUCUUACAUAAAGUUGUGUUUAAAACGCGCAAUUUUUGGAAAAAAUAAAACGUAAAAUAAAAGUUGUAUUUAAGAUAUAUGAUAUAUUGUCGCUGUGUUUAUGUAUCUAUUGCAUAAGUUGAUCAAACAAAAAGAAAUGAAAAUUCAAUUCACAUAUUAUUAAAAAAAAUAUUAAUUAUUAUUAUUAUUAAUUCUUCAAUGGAAAAAAACCUGAAUUUCAAAUGUGAUUUUAGUUGGAAUCGAAUUACAAAUGUAAGAAAAACAAAUGCAUUAUUAAAAAAAGCAUUGCUUAGUUAGUUCUUUUGUUUAAUAAAUAAAUAAGUAAUAAUACGUAUUAAAGAGAUAACAAAAAAACCACAAACACACAACAGCUUUUUGAAACACUU